GGUAUCAUUCUAUACCCUCAUUUCCAUUAUUCAUCUGAUCCUAAAACAUUCCUCAAUAUGGUUCAAAUCAAGGCCGUUGCACUGGCUAUCCUUUUCGCUGGCCAAGCGCUUUCCGGGCCUCUUGAUUCUCGACAGGCAUCUGUGAGCAUUGAUGCUAAGUUCAAGACGCACGGAAAGAAAUAUUUUGGAACUAUUGGUGAACAGUACACUUUCAACAAGAACGCAAAGACCCCGGCAAUCAUCAAAGCCGACUUCGGUCAAUUGACCCCCGAGAACAGUAUGAAGUGGGAUGCUACUGAGCCGAACCAAGGGCAGUUCUCCUUUUCAGGGUCGGACUAUCUGGUCAACUUUGCUCAGUCCAAUGGGAAGUUGGUCCGUGGCCAUACUCUAGUGUGGCACUCUCAGCUCCCAGGAUGGGUGUCUUCCAUUUCAGACAAGACCACCCUGACCAAUGUCAUGAAGAACCACAUUACAACAGUCAUGAACCGCUAUAAGGGCAAGAUCUAUGCCUGGGAUGUUGUGAACGAAAUCUUCAACGAGGACGGUUCCUGCGCAACAGUGUAUUCUACAAUGUUCUGGGAGAGGACUUUGUACGGAUCGCUUUUGAAACAGCUCGCGCUGUUGAUCCAAAUGCCAAGCUCUACAUCAACGACUACAAGUGACCUGGAUUCUGCCUCCUAUUCUAAAGUGCAGGGUAUGGUCAGCCAUGUCAAGAAGUGGAUUGCUGCCGGUAUCCCAAUUGAUGGAAUUGGCUCGCAAACCCACUUAGGCGCCGGUGGCGCUCUCAAUGCUCUAGCAGGCGCGGGAACGAAGGAAGUUGCCAUCACCGAGCUUGAUAUUGCUGGCGCAAGCUCUACCGACUACGUGAACGUUGUCAACGCCUGCUUGAACCAGCCAAAGUGUGUCGGAAUCACAGUUUGGGGAGUGGCUGACCCUGAUUCGUGGAGGGCCAGUUCCAGUCCUCUGCUUUUCGACAGUAACUACAACCCCAAGGCUGCAUACACCGCUAUCGCAAACGCCCUCUAG